CGUCCGUGGGCAUUCGACGUGUGUCUACGAAGUAGGACCGUAUGAACCCGUUCCGGCCCAUGAAGAGCUCGGGAAGCCAGACAGGUGAUGGCGACAUUGAGGCGGCGGAAGGGCCCAUGUGGCAACAGAAAGGACAAAAAGACGGUAGGGCCGUCGGAGAAGACGACGGGCAGGGUGUAACUGCCAGCGUAGUGACCACUGGCCUGACAGCGCCUGUCACGGAAGGACGAGCCAAUCUUUCAGCGCCGUGGUCUCUCCAGGGCUUGCGGUCCGACGUGGACAUGAGCGCCAACUUGUCGGAAACACUUGCACGACACACACCAAGCAGCCCCAGCGGAAGCCUCGCUCAAGGCCGGAGUGAUGAUGCCCACGUGCCGAUGGUAGUAGCGAGAUCAGAAUGCGAGCUUUCUCAUCCUCGGCCGUCGCGGUCGAGCUCGGCAAAACUCCUACGGGUGUUGGGAGAUAAUGAAGAGGCAAUCAGCGAUGGGCAUAGACACUGGAGAGGCCAGAGUAGUCCAGGGAGCACAGCAAGUUUUCAUACUGCAAGGCAGGGGUGACUCAUUGGGGUUUUCAGGCUUCGUUUUCUUCUCAGAACAGCAUUGGUUGUUUGUACAUGCGUGAUCGUUCAAUAGCAUUGUGGUUCGGACCAAACGGCUCGCCAGAUGGUAGACUAGAACGGUGCUUGGUAGAUUGCCAGAAAGGCUUGGUCUUGAGGGUCCCAGACGGAACUAGUCUAAAUGUGUUGUGCUGUCGCGAUGCUUCCUGCUUGCUUCUAAUGUAUGACAAUCGAGCAUGGUUUCAUUGAGUAGGGCCCAGUCCUCGCCCAUUCUUCAUUCACAC